AUAAUAGAGUGAAAUAUAGAAAAAAUUAUAGUGUAGCAUUGGAGAUGGUCUUAGUAGUCCCCACGUUUGUUUAUUUUAAUGUGACUUGAUGAUCACGCAAAAAAAAACAUUCAUAUUUUAUUCAUUAAUUCCCUGUCCUCUUCUUAUAGAAAAAAAAGGAGAAAACAUUCCUCUCUUCGCCAUGGAAACCCCAGCAAGGUUCAUCUGCGUAUCCAAGCCCUGGAGAUCCAUCAUUCGCAACCGAGAUUUCGUGAAUCGUACUUGAUCAAGUCGUCGACUCGUCCCCAAAGCCUCAUCUUCACCUUUAAGAGCAGGCGUCACAUUAAACAUUUCUUCUUCUCAUCGAGUCAACGCCAAGAUGGAGAUGAAUCAUCAUUAUCUUGUGUAGCAAGUUACCAUCUGACAUGUCAUUCUCAACCGUACACAGCCACAACUCCAUCUGUUCACGGUUUGAUUUGCUAUGGACCUCCUUCUAAGCUCAUGGUGUACAACCCUAGCACUAGACGGUCCUCCUCCUCACUCUCCUGGGUCUCGUAUAUGUAUAGAUGGUGUUUUAUACUAUGGAGCUUAUCUUGACUUAGAUUCACGUAAACUUACUAAAGAUCAUGCAGUCAUGAGUUUUGAUGUUAGGUCUAAAAAGUUUGAUCUUAUCAAAUUACCACAAGGAAGAGCAACACAGUUUACAAGGAUGAUAAGAUACAAUGGGAAGGUUGCUAUCAUGCUUUCUGGUGGAUUUCAAAGUUACCCUGGUCGAAUCGAAUUGUGGGUUCUAGAAGAUGCUGCCAAACAUGGAUGGUCUAAUCAGAAUUUCGUUUUGCCUCUCUUAGCUGACCGGAACACAAUGUGUCAAGUGUUUUGUGUCAUUGAUGAUGAUGCUGGCGAGUUUGUUUUGGCACCAGAGACUUUGCGUGCACCACCAUUUUGUGUUUUGUCUUAUGAUCCCAAGAAAAAAGCAUGAGAAGAGUUGACAUUGGAGGAAUCGCAGAACAGGAUCUUCAGUAUUGGGAUGUGGAUUCGGAUCGACGUACAAUCUCUAUCUUCCCUGGUCAGGUUGAGAAUCUUAUGUUUCUCUAUGACAAUCUUCAGAACAUUGAAAUGAUUGUUUCUUUUUU